GUACUUAUAUAUAAUAAUAUAAGUACUGUUUAUACAAACUGACAUUCCAGCUUACACUUAAUAAUUAAUGUGAUAAUAAAGAUGCUGACAUUAUUGAUACUUUUAAUUAACAUACACAGACCACUUGGUACAUCUUGAGGUUAAAUCCCUGGCAUUUGACACUUUGAAGUUACAACUGGAAUCUCACUAGGAGGCACACUCUAAUCUUUUCUUAAUCAGAUACAUGUCAUAAACAAUCACAGUUGGUGAAGAAAUGCAGAUUAUGAUACCAGAUCUUAUAGAAAAUAAUUACACAACAAUUAGUACAUUAUCUAAAGGUCAGUGAGGCCAGACUCCUCCCAUUGUUGAUUGAUGUACCCUAUCUGUGUGUGAAGCCAUAUGCAUGGUCUUUGUAUAAUCACUUUCUUGGUUCAUAGCAGGCUUGACUAGUUGAUAUAGUUUUACAGUGCUAUUAUUUAAUUUAUUAUUCAAUUUAAACAACUACUUAUAACUUGGAUUACUUUAUUCACUCGUGACAUAAUGUCUGGCAGAGGAAAAGGUGUUCGCACAAGAAGGAAUAGAGUUACUCCAUAUGCAAAUUCAGCUAUUUCUGAUAGACAAUGGGAUUUAAACAAUCCAUCCAACUGGACUUCACAAAAAUUUCGAGAAGAAUUGGACAAAAAAGGCAUAAAAACUCCAAGUUCUUUACCCAAAUCGGUAUUAAAACAACUAUAUAUCGAAAAUUCUAACACAAGUGGGAUUACUACACCACAAAUUCAACAAAACAGGACUAUUUCUGACAAUGAUACAUCCAAUCUGUUGAGUACAGAACCUGAAGUAGCUGUAACAGACAGUGGGACCAAUGUACAACCCUUAGCCUCUUUGGACAUAAACAAUAUUCCUGUUCCCAAUACUUCCUUGGCAGAACAGGACACAAUGAGUGUAAACCAUCAAGUAACAAGCAACAAUACAGGUGGAAUUACCAAUGACAUUCCAAUGCAGAACUCUAAUUUCAACAGUAUGGCUACAAUGUCUACCAUGCUGGCACAUUGUUUCAGUGGCUUUCAACAAAGUUUGAAUCAUUUUAACCAGAAUUUAAACAAAGGGACCAAUACUGACAGCAGUGGAUUCAACCUUCAGCAAUGGUAUAAAGCUCAAAGUUCUACAACUAAUCACAUGGAUCAAGUUCCGAAUAUUCCCAUAUUUCAAACAGGAUUACAACAGGAUUUGAUUUAUCCGUCUCCAACCGUACAGCAGUUAGAUGCCCGAGACUCAUCUUCUCAACAUGGAUUUCAAGGAGUGCGCUCAGAUUCUUUUUCAAAUGUGGAUAUCAUUUCUCCUAUUCUUCAAAAACAGAUCAUUGAGGAUGGACCGUUUCCGCAGGCUGGCUCCAAAUGCAGCACUUCAACCUCAUCAGUGCCCACCCAGUUCAGAAGUAAUGUGGUCCUGAACAAAAUAGUUCAUCAACUUUGGGAUAUUGCUAUUGCAAGCAAAACAAGAAGUGCAUAUGAAACUGGAUUUAAACAUUUUGAGAGAUUUAUGUUGCUGAACAAUUUUAAAUUUAAUUAUCUACCACCUAUUUCAGAAGACAUUUUGAUUUAUUUUACUGCAUAUUGUUUUCAUUUUUUGAAACUACAGUAUUCUACCAUAAAAUUGUAUUUAUGUGGAAUAAGAUACAAAUAUUUAAAAAAUAAUUGUAAGGAUCCCUUAGAAUCUGACAACAACACACCCUUAGAUAGACUCUCCUACAUUUUGAACUCUGUCAAAAAACUUCAAAAACCAAAUAACAAGAAAAGAUUACCUAUCACUUUCGAAAUUUUAGAGAAAAUUAUAUUUCGUCUAAGGCAAGGUGUGUUUACCCCUUUUAUUGAUUUAAUGCUAGAAGCAGUAUGUACUGUAGGUUUUUAUGGCUUUAUGAGAUGUGGAGAAUUUACUGUCUUGAAAGCCAACCAAUUUGACCCAUCUGUUAAUUUAUGUAUUGGAGAUAUUAUUUUGCAUAAAGAUAUGAUAAUUUUGAAAUUGAAACAGUCUAAAACAGACCCUUUCAGGAAAGGUGUAGAUAUUCAACUCCAUAAAGUAAAAAAUCAAAUUUGUCCUUUUAAAAUCUUAGUCAAAUAUUUACAAGUUAGAGAGAGUCUUAAACAAGGUCUCCCAUCUGAUCCACUUUUUAUCUCACAAAAUGCUUUGGCAUUAGAAAGGAAUUAUUUCAUUAAUUGUAUAAAACAAGUACUUAGUAUAUGUGGCUUCAAUCCUGAUCACUAUAAUGGUCAUAGCCUACGCAUAGGAGCUGCCACUACUGCAGGUAAAGCACAUAUUGAAGACCAUUUGGUCAAAACACUAGGACGCUGGUCCUCUGAUAGUUACUGCAGGUAUAUAAGAGUGUCAUCUACUUCAAUUAAAUAUGCACAAGAAUUGUUAGGAAAAUAUUAACAUGAACAUAAUAAUGUCUUUAGAAUGCAGAUCUACACAUUCAUGUACAUAGAUUUUUCCAUUGUUAUUUUUUAUAUAUAUAUUUUUUUUCUUUUUUUUUUCUUUCUCAUGACUUUAUUGAAGGUGAAAAAAUCUUAAUCCUAAAUCCUUGGGGGCACUCAGCUGUUUCCAUCUGAGUUUUUGGACCUUGAUGGAAUUUUAUCACUGGUUAUUUCUAAAAUUUCAUUCAUCCCCAAGCAUUUCGGGGAAAAAUUUUAUCAAAUUUAUUCCAGCGCCAGUUUGAUAGACCCCUGCUACUUCACAAGUACAUGGGCUAUCCCCAUGCAGACCUUGCACACACCGGCUGCAGAUGAGACGCCUAGUCUCAUCACCUAAGUGGAGAACCCUCGCUUCACAUUCCCCGGCUGGCGUAUUGUCGGGCAGGCAGGUUCUUCCUCACACUGGAGGUUGCAAGCUGACUUGCUCAGGCAGGAACUCAAAAUUGUUCUAUAUGCUGAGUGUUUCCCUAAGGCCAAAACCAGAUUGAUUAAUUGUUUUUUAUAAUAAAAUUAUUAUUCAUUCUAAUAUAUCUUUCUGCUUUAAGCCAGUAUGAUUUGCUAAGACCAUGUUUUGGUUUACACACAGAUAUCCCUUAUGUUACAUUUGGUAUUGUUUUUCGGAGCUGGUAUUUGCUCAAUUACAAGGAUGAGAUCUGGACUUUAAUUGAGAUUUGUUCUAUUAUGAGAGUUUUACUUUGAGUAAGUGUAGAGU